CAGGAGACGGUCAGUGUGUGCGCGGACGUGAGUGAAGGUGGAUCGUUGUUGUUGCUGGCUUACUCAGGCUUCAGUUGCUGCCUCCUCCUGCCUCCCCUCCUCCAGACAGCAGCAGACUUUUGGACUACCCAUGGGUUCGCCACUCAAUGCAGUCCUGGUGAACCCAUACAUGGAACAUCUAGAAGCCGAGCGUUUCUCCACCAUUAUUCCUUCGUCUGUCACCUGGCUCCGUUAUGUUGACGACAUUCUCCUCAUAACUCCCAGACACUUCAAUGUUCAAGCUCUCCAAGACAAGCUCAACCAGGUCGAGCCUUUAAUCCAGUUCACACUUGAAGAAGAAGUCGACAACACUCUUCCUUUCCUUGAUGUUCUUCUCUGCAAAGCUGACCAUGAACUUCGUUUUAAAGUCUAUCGAAAACCCACCAACCAAAACGAUCUUCUCCACUUCUACUCUCACCACGGCACCAAAACUAAACGUGGUGUAAUUAUAGGCUUCUUCCUGCGCACACUCAGAAUCUGCAGCAAUGAGUUUCUUGAGGAAGAAUGUACUAUAAUUGAACAAGUAUUUUCUAAACUCCACUAUCCUCGUCACUUCAUCAGAGACUGCAGACGACGGGCAUUAAACAUCAACAACACACCCAGAGAAGACACUGCCGAGAAGAGAUACAUAGUCCUCCCCACCAACUCCAUUGCCAAACACGUUUCCAACAUCUUUUCCAAUAUCUCAUUCUAAGUAUCUACCUCCACAACCACGACCAUCAAGGACAUUACCAGUGAUAGACAGGACAAGCUUCCACCCUCUGCAGGGGUAUACAUAAUCCCUUGUAAUGACUGCAGCAAAUUAUACAUGGGCAAAACAUCAAGGGACCUCCAAACACGUAUUUCAGAACACCAAUACGCAAGCAGGUCUGACGAUACAAGGAAUGCCUGUGUACAACUCUGUAAUUCACACAACCACUUGAUAAACUACAGAAACUCAAGACUUAUCGCCACAGAAGACAACACUCAAUACCGAAGAAUCCUGGAAUCAUCGCUUAUCUCUAUAUCCGACUUCAACCAGAAUAGUGGCUUCUAUAACAUAGCUGAACCACUUGCCAAGGAACUUCUCCAUCGUUAUCCCACAUAAGAGCAUAGGAAUGGAAGAACACUGCAGAAGGUCUGCUCACAAACUUAUCCAAUCUCCCUUCCAAGUUACCCAAGAUUUUAGACUCUAUAACUCCACUCGGUACAUCAUCAGAUGCAGCAUUCUCCACCUGACCUCAGCAUUCUGAACCUGACUAUAAAUACUUGCGUACCUUCCACCCCAGGUAGAUCUGUUUGUGACUUGAAAAAGCCCACUGUGUGGGCGAA